ACCCCGGCGGGCGGACAGGGGCUGGUCGGUGCUCACUGCCGCCCCUGUGACCGGUGCGAGGCGCCGGGUGCGGAGGGUCUCUGCCGGGCACGUUUCCCCCUGAGACCGUCGAUGCUCUUUAGGGCUUUUCCCCCAUCCCCUGCGGGGCUGCCUCGCCUGAGAGCCAGGGGAAAGCGCCCUUUUCCCUGGGAAAGGCAGAGCGGGGUGUCCCGGUCACUGGAAAACGCAUCCCGGCGCGGGAAGGGCAGAGCUGGCGAGGGCUUUGCUGUGGCCGGGCAGGGCGUGGCGGGGAAUGCUGCAGGACGCCAGGGCUGGGGAACAGCGGCGGGCUGGGCGAUUCUGUGCACAGCCGUCCCUGCACAGGAGCUCUGCUCUUAUACAGCUGCGGUAUAGCAAAGACUGGUGAUGGGCUUUCUUCUGGUGACUCCUCAGUCUUUCAAUGGUCGUGUUAUCUGUCAUCCUGAGGAAUCGUCUUGGACUCCUUUAUUAUAAUUUCGUGUGUAAAUUGAUGCUUCCCGUGACUGGGAAGGAGGAAGAACAGUUUUCAGGAAUUUCUCUUUGUUGCUGCUGUUUUCAAUCUCCACCCAAAGAGCUGGAAGAGGAUAAAUUCAUUUGAGUUGUACCUAAGGAGAUAUUUGUGCAGUCUGGCAGAAUGGCCGACAGCCCAAACUGUGAUUUGAAGUCUCUGAGUCCUCUACAGCUGUUUGAAAGAGUGACUGAACAAGGAGAGAAAGUCAGAGCACUGAAAGCAGGAAAAGCACCAAAGGAUGAAAUUGAUGCAGCAGUGAGGAUGCUCUUAUCAUUAAAACAGUCAUAUAAAACAACAACAGGACAAGAUUAUCAGGCAGGCUUGCCUCCAAAAGAUCUUAUAAUGAUAAACAAUGGUACAACUAAAGAAGAGGAUGAGGAUUUAGUGGAUCCCUGGAACGUGCAGACAUCAAAUGCUAAAGGCGUGGAUUAUGACAAGCUCAUAGUUCGGUUUGGCAGCAGUAAAAUUGACACAGAUCUGAUUAAUCGAAUAGAAAGAGCUAUUGGGCAAAAACCUCACCACUUUCUACGUAGAGGAAUCUUUUUUUCCCACAGAGAUAUGGACCAAAUACUUGAUGCUUAUGAAAAUAAGAAGCCCUUUUAUCUUUAUACAGGCAGAGGGCCAUCAUCUCAGGCAAUGCACGUUGGUCAUCUCAUCCCAUUUUUGUUCACAAAGUGGCUGCAAGAAGUAUUUGAUGUUCCCUUGGUAAUACAGUUAACUGAUGAUGAGAAAUACCUUUGGAAGGACAUGACAGUUGAGAAGGCAUAUGAAUAUGCUAGAGAAAAUGCAAAAGACAUCAUUGCAUGUGGUUUUGACAUCAAUAAAACCUUUAUAUUUUCGGAUUUAGACUAUUUAGGGACAAGUGCUGGAUUCUACAAAAACAUUGUCAAAGUUCAGAAGCAUGUCACAUUUAACCAAGUGAAAGGAAUCUUUGGCUUUACAGACAGUGAUUGCAUUGGUAAGAUCAGCUUUCCUGCUAUCCAAGCUGCUCCAUCCUUCAGUUCAUCAUUUCCACAGAUAUUCAAUGGCAAGGAGAAUAUUCAAUGUCUUAUCCCAUGUGCUAUUGACCAGGAUCCUUAUUUUAGAAUGACCCGCGAUGUAGCACCGAGAAUCGGGCAGCCUAAACCAGCCUUACUCCACUCAGUCUUCUUCCCAGCCCUGCAAGGAGCACAGACCAAAAUGAGUGCUAGUGACCCAAACUCCUCCAUCUUCCUCACUGAUACACCCAAACAAAUCAAGACAAAGAUUAACAAGCACGCCUUCUCGGGAGGCAGGGACACCAUCGAGGAGCACAGGAAGUACGGAGGCAACUGUGACGUGGACGUGUCUUUUAUGUACCUCACCUUCUUCCUGGAAGAUGAUGACAGGCUCGAGCAGCUGAAGCAGGCCUACACCAGUGGGGAGCUGCUCACAGGAGAGCUGAAGAAGGUGCUUAUUGAAACAAUGCAGCCCUUGGUAGCAGCUCAUCAAGAAAGAAGGAAGCAGGUCACAGAUGAGAUUGUGAAGCAGUUCAUGACUCCAAGGAAGCUGGCUUUUGAAUUUUGAAUGAAUGUAUAUGUAACUUAGCACUUGAUAAUCCACAACCAAGUAACUGUUGUCUUCUGUUGUAUGUCAUCAUCCCUGGUUAUGUACAGCCUGUAAUCAGUGCUUUAUAAAUAAUGAGUAAAUUAUCAUGAACAGCAGAGUACAGAAAAAGUUUAAAAUAGGACUUGUAUCUAUUUAAAAUCAGACUAUGCAAGACAGAAUUGACCAGUCUUGCAGAAAAGCAUGUAUGUCAGCCCAACAUUGUAUUUUAAUGUAUUUCAUGUUGAAAAUAUAAAUAAAAUUUCCAUUUGAUGAUAAAGACUAACUUGGAAAUUGUUCUAAAUAUGUUGAUGAGAGGUCAUAUCUCAAAGUAAUAAAUAGUAGCUCCAUUUUCUUUUGUACAAUGUA